AUGGAUAUACUAUGACAUGCACUUGACCUUGAAGCUCUAUAUAACAUGAGUCGAGAUGCCGCUUCCAUCAGUCUUUUUUUCUCAUCACCAUCGGUUUGCGAAGUCGAUUCCUUUAACCAUUCAUUAUUGUCUAUCCUUUUUACCAAAGUCAUUCUUUUCUACCUCCCGGUGAGAACAGCUAUCUUGAUCGAUACCUCUUAGCUGCCGUUCAUAAUAUAACUGAACUUGUUGUCUCUACCUUUCGCUCACUUAAUAAAGCUAUAUUGCAUCGACUAUCACAACCAACAAAAUGGGUAUCAAGAAAAUCUCCCCUGUUGUUGCGGCCCUCGCCUCGGCUGCCACUGUCGCCGCCCACGGCCACGUUGACCACGUCGUCAUCGACGGUCUCUUCUACCAGGGCUACGACCCGACCAACUUCCCUUACCAGCAGAACCCUCCCACUGUCGUCGGGUGGACCACCUCCCAGACCGACAACGGCUUCGUCGAGCCCAACAGCUUCGGCAGCGCCGACAUCAUCUGCCACAAGUCUGCUAAGCCGGCUGGUGGUCACGCCCAGGUCAAGGCUGGCGACAGCAUCAGCAUCACCUGGAACACCUGGCCUGAGUCGCACAAGGGCCCCAUGAUCGACUACCUCGCCGCCUGCAACGGUCCUUGCGAGAGCGUCAACAAGGAGACCCUCGAGUUCUUCAAGAUCGACGAGGUCGGCAAGAUCGACGACUCUGUCCAGAACGGUUUCUGGGGUUCUGAUGUCCUGAUCAAGAACAACAACACCUGGCUAGUCCAGAUCCCGUCCAACAUCAAGCCCGGCAACUACGUUCUCCGUCACGAGACCAUCGCCCUGCACUCCGCGGGCCAGGCCAACGGCGCGCAGGCUUACCCCCAGUGCUUCAACCUCGAGAUCACCGGUAGCGGUACUGAGGUCCCCGCCGGCGUCUUGGGUACCAAGCUGUACUCUGCUGCUGACCCCGGCAUCGUCGUCAACAUCUACACCACCGGCCUCACCUACACCAUCCCCGGCCCCACCCUGAUCUCUGGCGCCUCUUCCUCCGUCGCCCAAUCCUCGUCCGCUGUCACCGCUACGGGAACCGCGACCGUCGGAAGCGGCAGCAGCGCGACGUCCACUAGCGCCGCCGCUGCCACCACCACGGCUGCUUCUACCACCAAGGCUGCCCAGACCACUGUCUCCAGCACCCAGAAGACCUCCACUGCUGUCGUCUCCACCCCUACCACUCUCGCCACCUCUACCCGCGUCGCUACCACCCCCAGCACCACCACCGCGGCUAAUCCCACCGGCGCCGUCGACGUCCAGAGCCUGUACGGCCGCUGCGGUGGCAGCGGCUACGCGGGCCCGACCGCCUGCGCCGAGGGCACCUGCAAGUCCUGGAACCCUUUCUACUACCAGUGCGUCAACACCGCCUAAGCUGGUUCAAACUAUUGUGCGGUCGGAAUGACUUGACGACGGCGAAGAGACGAAACGCGGUCUAAUGUGCGAGCAUAAGGAGAGAAGGAUAACGUAUACGAGCUUGUGUAUGAUUAACCGAGGUUACAAGUGGAAGAAAGAAGAAAAAAGGAGAAGAAGAAGAAGCCCUGGCUGAUGGCUUCGGGUCGGGAGUUCGAUUCUUGUAUUUACACUUUAUACGAUUUUUUAAAUUCGAAUAUAUAUAUUUUUUGCUUUUUA